UAUACUAUUUGGCCAAGCUUUACGCUGCGCGAUUUGGAGACUAAUACCUGACAAUUUCUGCGUCAACUUCAGUCACAAAUUGGACCAGAAGGCGCUGACUGGCGAGGCGGGUGACAGCCGGACUAAUUGUGAACUUAACCCAAAGCAGCAAAAGUCCCAAACUGAGAGGCUGAAGAGGCUUUAAGAGCAAACGUUUCAUCUUUUACGGCUAUUUCAAGGAGGGAUCCGCCAUUGGACAUGUGAAUUUAAAGGAGUUAUUUACCAAGCACAGAAAAAUGAAGCGAACGACUGCCCUGUGUUGCUUCGGCUUUCUCCUGACUUGCGUCUUGUUUGGGUCGAGCUCUUCACAAUCAGUAUGCGCCGGCACGGAGAACAAGCUGAGCACGCUGUCAGACCUGGAGCAGCAGUACCGCACCCUGAGGAAAUACUACGAGAACUGUGAAGUGGUAAUGGGCAACCUUGAGAUCACAAGCAUCGACCGCAGCCGAGACCUCACCUUCCUCAGAUCCAUCCGGGAGGUGACGGGUUACGUGUUGGUGGCCCUGAACCAGUUUGUCUACCUGCCGCUGGAGAACCUGAGGAUUAUUCGAGGGACGAAGCUGUACGAGGAUCGCUACGCCCUCGCCAUCUUCCUCAACUACCGACGUGACGGCAACUUCGGCCUGCGCCAGCUGGGGCUGAAGAACCUCACAGAGAUCCUGAGUGGAGGUGUGUACGUGGACCAGAACAAGUUCCUGUGCCAUGCAGACACCAUCCACUGGCAGGACAUUGUGAAAAGCCCACGCUUCAACCCCGUGGUGGUGCCCACCAACAGCAGUGUGACCUGUCAGAAAUGCCAUCGCUCCUGUAACGGACGCUGCUGGGGGCCGGAGGAGAACCAGUGCCAGAGCCUAACUAAGACGGUGUGUGCCGAGCAGUGUGACGGUCGUUGUUUCGGGCCUUAUGUUAGUGACUGCUGCCACCGUGAGUGUGCAGGUGGCUGCUUUGGACCCAAGGACACCGACUGUUUUGCCUGUACCAACUUCAAUGACAGCGGCGCUUGUGUGACCCAGUGCCCGCAGCCUUUUGUCUACAACCCCACCACCUUCCAGCUGGAGCACAACCCCAGGGCCAAGUACACCUACGGAGCCUUCUGCGUCAAGAAGUGCCCACACAACUUUGUGGUGGACCACAGCUCCUGCGUCAGAGCCUGCCCCAGCAACAAGAUGGAGGUGGAGGAGAACCGCAUCAAGAUGUGCAUCCCCUGCACCGACAUCUGUCCUAAAGCCUGUGACGGCAUCGGCACAGCCAGCCUGCAGUCGGCUCAGACGGUGGACUCCAGCAACAUCGACAAGUUCAUCAACUGCACCAAAAUCAAUGGCAACCUCGUGUUCCUCAUCACGGGAAUCAAAGGGGACGUCUAUCACAACAUCGAAGCCUUGGACCCCGAGAAGCUCAACGUGUUUCGCACCGUUCGGGAGAUCACAGGCUUCCUGAACAUCCAGUCGUGGCCUGACAACAUGACAGACUUGAGUGUUUUCUCCAACCUGGCAACGAUUGGAGGACGAGCGCUGUACAGUGGGAUCUCCCUGCUGGUGUUGAAGCAGCAGGGCAUCUCCUCGCUGCAGCUCCAGUCUCUGAGCGAGAUCAGCGCCGGCAACGUCCACAUCGCCGACAACAGCCAGCUGUGCUACUACAACACCAUCAACUGGACCAGCCUGUUCCGAGCCGGCAACCAGAAGGUCCUGAUCCGCAACAACCGGAGCCCGCAGGAGUGCUCCACGGAGCAUAUGGUGUGCGACCCGUUGUGUUCGGACGCCGGCUGCUGGGGUCCCGGUCCUGACCAGUGUCUCUCCUGCCGAUUCUUCAGUCGAGGACGAACCUGUGUGGAUACCUGCAACCUUUAUGAAGGGGAUAUUCGGGAGUUUGCCAACGGCUCGGUGUGUGUGGAGUGUGACGCCCAGUGCGAGCGAGCCGACGAUGACUCCUUGACCUGCCACGGCCCGGGCCCAGAUCACUGUGUGAAGUGCCUCCAUUUCAAAGACGGCCCUAACUGUGUGGAGAAGUGUCCGGAUGGCCUGCAGGGUGCCAACAGCUUCAUAUUCAAGUACGCCGAGGCCAACAACGAGUGCCACCCCUGCCACGCCAACUGCACCCAGGGGUGCCUUGGACCCAGACUGCAAGACUGCAUCGGCUGGAUGGACAGGACCCCCCUCAUCGCGGCGGGCGUGAUCGGCGGUCUGUUCGUGGUGGUGAUCGUGGUGCUGAGCGUGGCGGUGUCCGUCCGCAGGAAGAGCAUCAAGAAGAAGAGAGCCCUUCGCCGCUUCCUGGAGACGGAGCUGGUGGAGCCCCUGACACCCAGCGGGACGGCACCCAACCAGGCCCAGCUCCGCAUCCUCAAAGAGACCGAGCUCAAAAGAGUCAAGAUCCUCGGCUCUGGGGCCUUCGGGACUGUUUACAAGGGUAUUUGGGUCCCAGAGGGCGAGACGGUGAAGAUUCCUGUAGCGAUUAAGAUCCUGAACGAGGCAACUGGACCCAAAGCCAACGUGGAGUUCAUGGAUGAGGCCCUCAUCAUGGCCAGCAUGGAGCACCCCCACCUGGUCCGCCUGCUGGGCGUCUGCCUGAGCCCCACCAUCCAGCUGGUCACCCAGCUCAUGCCCCACGGCUGCCUGCUCGACUACGUCCACGAGCACAAGGACAACAUCGGAUCGCAGCUUCUGCUCAACUGGUGUGUCCAGAUCGCAAAGGGGAUGAUGUACCUGGAGGAGCGCAGGCUGGUGCACAGGGACCUCGCUGCACGAAAUGUCCUGGUCAAAUCUCCCAACCACAUCAAGAUCACCGACUUUGGCCUGGCUCGCCUGCUGGACGUCAACGAGAAGGAGUACAACGCCGACGGAGGAAAGAUGCCUAUCAAAUGGAUGGCGCUGGAGUGCAUCCACUACAGGAAGUUCACCCACCAGAGCGACGUGUGGAGUUACGGGGUGACCAUCUGGGAGCUGAUGACCUUUGGAGGGAAGCCGUACGACGGGAUUCCCACCCGAGAUAUCCCGGAUCUCCUGGAGAAGGGGGAGCGUCUGCCUCAGCCACCCAUCUGCACCAUUGACGUCUACAUGGUCAUGGUCAAAUGUUGGAUGAUCGAUGCAGACAGCCGGCCCAAGUUCAAGGAGCUCGCCGCCGAGUUCAGCCGGAUGGCCCGCGAUCCCCAGCGAUACCUGGUCAUCCAGGGCGACGACCGCAUGAAGCUGCCCAGCCCCAACGACAGCAAGUUCUUCCAGAGCCUGCUGGACGAGGAGGAGCUGGAGGACCUGAUGGACGCCGAGGAGUACCUGGUUCCCCACGGCUUCAACAUCCCACCGCUGGCGUACACGCCCCGCGCGCGCAUGGACUCCAACAGGAACCAGUUUGGCUACCAGGAUCCCAGUUUCAGCAUGGAGGACAUGCUGGCCACCCUGCCCAGAGUGGUGUCUGUCUCGGCCGUGACCGGAGGCUGCCUGCCAGCUCAGGACCUGGGCGUCACCGCGGGGCAGAGCGGCGGCGGUGGCGUCGGCGUUGGCGUCGGCGGAGGAGGCGGCGCCCAGGAGGACUCGCGCUGCAACGGCACCCUGAGGAAACAGGCCUCGCCACGGCCGAGCGGCGCCCACGCAGCAGGCCAAGGUCCUGCCGGAGGGGACGACGGCAGCGGACAGCGUUACAGCGCCGACCCCACCGGGCUUUUGGGGGAACGGGGCGCAAAAGGAGACAAGGACCAGGACGGAUACAUGGCCGGCAUGAGGGACAAGAGCAGCUCAGAUUAUCUCAACCCAGUGGAGGAAAACCCGUUCGUCACACGCCGCAGGAAUGGCGACGCCCACGCCGUGAUCGAUGCAUCGGGUUACCACGCCGCCCACAUGGCCGGAGCCGCCGCCGCCGCCGCCGCCCCCGGCAGCCAGUCCGGCCGGGCGGAGGACGACUACAUCAACGAGCCGCUGUACCUCAACACCUUCCUCAACCCGGGGGAGAAGAACGGACUGGCGGCGGCGGUCUCCAUCUCCGCGCCCGUGUCCUCCGCCGCCCAGUCAGCGUCCCAAACGGUCAAGCCGUCGACGUCGGGCCACACCGUCUCCUCCUCCGGGUACGUGGUGCCGCCGGGACAUCCGGCCCACCCGUCGUACCCGUCGCACACCCUGCACCCCGGGCACUCGGGGCACGCUCUGCACUCGGGCAUCACGGGCGGCACCAUCAUGGUGGACAAGAAGGGGAAGAAGGCCACGUUUGACAAUCCGGAGUACUGGCAGCACAGCCUCCCGCCUAAAGCCUCGCUGCACAACCCCGAGUACCUGCAGGACUGCAGCACGCGCUUCUUCUACCGGCAGAACGGACGCAUUCGACCCGCCGUGGCCGAAAACCAGGAAUACCUGUCCGAGUUCGCCAUGAAAGCAGGGAACGUGCUGCCACCCCCUCCUUACAGACAGAGGAACACUGUGGUGUAGUGAUGGAGGGACGGGCGGAGGGAUGGAGGCGGAGACGAACGGACCUUGGACAGUCCUCUCGGUCCCCAUGCAGUAUUUGAUCAACCUCGGUUCCCCUCACACCAGCCCUGGACACUUCACUCUCUUCUCGCUCUCCACUCUCUCUCUCCACCUUGUCUGCCUCUUCCACCCAGGAUUACAAUAACGGCCGCUGAUAGCCUCACCUGUCACUCAAAACAUCUCCCCUGGCUCCUUCAGCUGUGACCCCCCUCACGGCAGGAGGAGGAUCUCAAAUGAAUUUUUCCUCUCUCGGAGCCGGCUCCCCCUGCCAGCCGGACCCAGGAACACACCGCGAGGAGGGAGGGAUGUAAUGAAAAGAGAAAUAAAGCGAGAUGAGCCCAAGAGAUGGAGCAUCUAGUUCACAUUUCAGCUCGAACACAGGACACUUUUUUUUUUUUUUUAUCUCAUUGCCGUGACCUCACAUCAAUUACUUUUGCUUUUUAGGCCCAUCAUUUACAGUCCAUUAUGCUCUUACGCCACAUUAUCCACAGAGCUUAAAGGCGAAAUCUGCACACACGGCUGAUGCAAGCGCGCAGCCUAUCAAAUGCAUACGUGAACACACACACACACACACACACAUGCAUAGCCGCGUCGCGGUGUGUUAGGACUUACCGGCAACCUGCAGCGGUUUGCCUCUUUGAUGUUUACAUGCUUCAGGCCUCUCGCCGUGCCAAUAAUGAAUUCAUGAAUUGGUCACACA